CGUCACGUGCUUUGUCAGGCUCUCUGCUCCACCGUCCUUCCGUCGAGGCAACAGGCUGAGCGCUGCUGUGUUUUCUCGGGUGAAGAUGGCUGCGGGUCCCCUAUCGGUAUCUUCCAACGCGUCCACUAACAACGAUGGCAUCCUCAUCGGUGACAAAGUGUACUCCGAGGUUUACCUCACCAUCGACAACUCGCUCAUACCGGAGGAGAGACUCUCUCCGACGCCGUCGAUGCUCGACGGCCUUGACUUGAACACCGAGACCGACCUUCGCAUCCUCGGCUGCGAGGUGAUCCAGUCCGCGGGCAUUCUUCUCCGCUUACCCCAGGUGGCGAUGGCGACGGGGCAGGUUCUGUUCCAUCGGUUCUUCUACUCCAAGUCCUUCGUCAAGCACAGCUUCGAGAUUGUUGCCAUGGCCUGUAUAAACUUGGCUUCCAAAAUAGAAGAAGCGCCACGACGAAUACGAGAUGUCAUCAACGUUUUCCACCACCUGAGGCAGAUGCGAUCCAAAAAGAUGCCAAGUUCACUGAUACUUGAUCAGAACUACAUAAAUACCAAAAACCAAGUCAUCAAGGGGGAGCGGCGGAUCCUGAAGGAGCUGGGCUUCUGUGUGCAUGUCAAGCAUCCACACAAGAUUAUCGUCAUGUACCUUCAAGUCCUGGAAUGUGAGAAGAACCAGACGCUGGUCCAGACAGCCUGGGUAGUCCAUGCUGGAACUACAUGAACGACAGCCUGAGGACAAACGUGUUUGUGAGGUUCCAAGCUGAGACUAUUGCCUGUGCUUGCAUAUUCCUCGCUGCCCGUGCCCUGCAG